ACAGAAAAUAUUAAAAAAAAAACAGGAUGACGCUAGAAAUCGAAGAGCACUUAGAGAAGCUCGUGUUAUACAGAAAAACUUGGUUUAUGUUGUUGGUAUCGCGCCAAGUAUAGCCAGUGAAGAUGAGUUAAAAAAACCUGAGCGUUUUGGGCAGUUUGGAACUAUUGUUAAAAUAGUCGUCAAUCAAAAUAAUAAUUAUAUAAACACUACUUACGGACCGUCUGCUACUGCCUAUGUUACUUACAGCCGCCCGGAAGAAGCGUCGCGUGCAAUUGAAGAAGUCGACGGCGCCAUUUGGGAAAAUCGACCUUUAAAAGCUUAUUGGGGUACCACCAAGUAUUGCACUUAUUUUUUACGGCACGUGCGCUGUCCCAACCCGGAGUGCAUGUAUUUACACGAAUUUGGUGAGGAGGCCGUCCGGCCUUCCCCUCGCCAGGGAAGUUCGUCUUCGUUUGCCCCUACUGGAGGCCGCGUGUCUCGGGCAUACGGACGUGACAUCCGUCAACCUUAUCCUUAUGAAAAUGGCAUGAAGUUUAUGGAAAACUCGGAUUGGGAAGACCCAGAAAGUGGCCCGCCUUCAUUAUUCCUUAGUGGGAAGGUCCAGCACUUAGCUUUUUCCCGUAAUCAUAAGAGUGCUGGUCUUAAAAGGAACUUGCCUUCUUACUCUUCGGGGUUGAAGCAGGCGCCUGGCUAUGGUGGUGGUACAAAUCCUGCUAAAAGUGAAAGUGGUGUGCAACUUGGGCCUAGUCCUAGCACCGAUAAGCACGUGAAUCUCUCCUCACGGCAAGCCCCUCAAAAACAUUAUAGUAACGAAACUCGUCUUAAAGUGUGUGGUUUAACUGAUCCUUGGGGAGGCGUGGCGGCCGAGAGGCAGAAAUCGGCAGAAUCUUAUCUUCGCAGUGGAAAUAUAAAAAACAACUCAUGUAUAAAUAGCACGAAGCUUCAUUUUCCUUAUAACCGCGCUUCUUCGUCAACAUCAACAUUUACAGCACCUUUGCUUCCGCACAUAAACAAGAGCAAAUCUUUAUUACUUUCCGCCAUACCCGCUAGCAAGCCCAAAUACAACCAUACCCCUUCCACCACCGUAUCAUCUGUAAACUUUAGAAAGGAAAAUGCCGCCAGCGCACCGCCCCUUACUGCUUCCGUUGGGUCGCCUCGCAAACCAGCGUGGGGUCUCUCUUUUCAGUCUCCUGUGGUAAAGGGCACAGAUUCUAACACCCGCGUUCUUCUUGCCCCGAAAACUACUAGAAAAUUUAGAAAAGUAGUUGCCAUGUCGCCAACAUCCACGUUUAUACCGCCUUUAGCAUCGGAAAAGGCGCAGUUGGUAAAGAUAAUGACCAACGAGGUUGUUUCCACACUGCCGUCACGGCAAUUAUCAGAGAAUAUCAGCGCACAAAUGGGAGCCGGUGAAGUAUCGAUUGUUAAAAAUAACUGCUCUCGAGCCCCAUGUAUGCUGGGGGGUGAAACUAUUAAUGAAUCUGGCGUAGUUUCGAAUGACCUUACUCCUGUGUCCCACAAUAAAACUUCGGAGAAUGCUCAUGUCGUUUGUAAGGGAAGCAACACAAGUAACAGCAAUGGUCAGCCAGAGACCUUAAAGGUUACUAACGAUAACUGUAGCACAAAACACAACUACAGCGUCGGAAAAACUAUAGACCCUUCUUUUAAUGAAAAUAAUAGUAAUGACUUUAGCAACUGUGAUAUUAACUUUGAACUGGAUGCUUUUCAAGCCCCGCAGGAAAUAAAUGAUUUAUUGUCGGAUGGUUUGGAUGUCGGCUUGCUAAUUCAGCAGCAGCUUGACCAGCAUAGGCAUCGCCAGCAUCGCUCGGAGUAUCCUCCCCCCGAGAACCAAGCUGGCGGUUGGCCCGUUAUGGAUAAUAACGCGCAGGCAUUACAGUACCCUUUUAAUUUACCCCCCUUUUCCGGCAAUCCCUCGGCCCUUUCUUUCAAUCACUCCUGUUGUUUCAGGGCGCCCAAAGAAGGCGUUAGGUCGGGCGGGUCAUAUAGAAAGAGUGAUGUCAAUUUUCCUGCUUUGAUUAACGACGAUGAUCUCUCUGUCGCUUGUUGUGAAAGAAAUGUUACCAAGUCGGACACUUCUUUUACAGUUCGUCCACCACCGGGCUUGAAUGUAGAUACACACCUGGAAACUCGGCGUCCUCCUGGCCUUUCAUACUAUAAAACUCCAUCAGAUAGCUUUUUACCUUUCGAAGAGAAAAAAGCAAACUAUUGGGAUGGAAAAUGCGAGAGUUUAGUUGCCUCCACCGAAAAGCUGUCUUUAACUGAUAGGGCGUCUGGCUUCAAAUUCACCGGCGAAACUACAAACUUAGUUAAUGGAGAAAAUUUUUCGGGAGAGGAAAACAGAAAUAAUAGUAUUUUUACAGAUACUAAUUCGCAACGUACCAUAUAUGACAGGGAUACUAAUGUCUAUAUAAAGAAUAGCAAUCAUGGUAAUAAAACUCUUAAUAGUAACGUAAGCAAUAAUAAUACAAACGGUAAGCAAGAAUUACGUCAAUAUAUAAACAAAGAUAUAAAUUCUGACUCGUUGCUUUUUACAAAUACAAAAUCUCUGCAGGACAACCUCCGUGCUCUUUUUCCUGGAAUUGAUAUAAGUUUCCCAAGAAUGAAAGGUAGCAGGAAUACGCACCCUUUAUACCAACGCGUUGGUCUACCUGAGAGAGAUUUAUAUAAUACCAAGCCUAAGCGUGGUGAUUGUCCAUCUUCUACUGAGUCUUUCCCCCUUAUAACUAAUUAUUUACCGCCACGAUACUCUCAACAUCAAAAUUAUGAACAUAAUCAAAUGCAAUAUUCGUAUGCCCCUCUAAGUUCACGUGACCGGCAGCGUCCACUGUUAAACAGCGGCCCUUCGAUUCAACCGCAAUGUACAACGUCAUCGACUUUAGACCCUUAUUAUUACAAUGGUUUAACUUACAUUAAUUUAUUAAAUCAUAAGAAUUCCGUGAAUGUUUCAUAUAAUGUCCCCCAAAACUCGGAGCACUCAAUAGAUCCUUUACGCCGACAAACAGAUUAUUACAAAUUUAAUCACAAUUUCUCUCAAACAUAUCCUACAGAUUCUUUUUUAGAAAAUUAUCAUCCUUUAAAUUUUCCUGAUUUAUCCACAGAUUCUACUACAACUGGCAGUGAUCGCGCUCAUUAUAAUUUGAGCAGUAAUUCAUUAUAA